AUGGCAUCCCGCAAGAGGUCACACGCAGAGGAUGCAGAGCAGUCUGUUCCUAAGAAACGGGCUGUUUCGGUAGACCAGGGCUCACCCAGUGUGGUCAAUGGCGUGGCGCCUGAAGUUGACGAGCCUAAAGAUGGUGACAGUCUUGAGAUGUUCCGUAAAGACGCAAUCUACAGGCGCAUGAAGUACUAUUCGCGUGAGCACGAAAGGAGUCUGGCUCGAGUGCAGGAAUUGGAACGGCGGAGAAGUACUUGCGAGACUGGCUUGGCAGCCUUGGAAGCAUGUUGGACACAGAUCAUUGGUACGAUACGAUUGCUGGCGCGGCCAGAGGAUCUCCCGCCGACAGAGGUCGAGACCGAAGAGCUGUUUGAUCUGACUGCUCGUGUCUCUGAUGAUCCUGAUCCUGAAUAUAUCAACGCCCUACGAACGAAGAUGAAUGCAACGUCAGAGCUUGUGGCUGCAUUUAUGCGCCUAAGCGGACAAGCUCGCCCGACGUUCUUGAAGGACGAGACAUACAGGCACUGUCAGAAAGCACAAUCUGAGUGCUCCUCCCUUCGUUCUGAACUUUCGUUGACGCGGACGAAACUUCGUGAUAUGGAAUCUGAGAAGGACAAGUAUCAGAAAGAGCUUGUGGCGGCAGAGAAGCAUAUCGAUCGUCUGCAAAGCAAGACCUUGGCAUUGAAGCAGGCCCAGCCAGUGCGGGAGGAGGCAAAGGACGAAUCACCUCGGGAGACACCGUCGUCCCCAGCACCUUCGCAAUCUCCAAUCAAUGGUGCGAGUUUGGCAGAUGCAGCGGAGUCACUGGAGAUAAUAAGGGUGCGGGAUAAGAGGAUCUCCGAGCUUGAGCAGGAAAAUCAGGAACUUCACGAGGAUGUUCGGUCAUUGAAGUUUCAGCUAAAAGCACCGGCUGAAGACUUUGUUGCUGAAUCUCCUUACUAUAAGGUCUUGUGGGAACGAGCGUCUAGGUUGGAGUACAUCGCCAACGAGAAGCAGACUGAGGCGACUCAACUCAGGGAACAACUCGAGCAACUCGAGAGAACCCAUCUAACCACUGUUGAAGAGAAUAUUAUGGAGCACGAACAUGCAAUAUCAGAUCUCAAGAACCUUCUGACCAAACGGGAGAACGACAACCUGCGCCUUCGUGAGCAGCGAGAUCAGCAGCUGUCUGAAUUGAACGAGCGAAAGCAGAAGGACCACGUCAAAGUAGCCUCCCAUCAAGAGUUCAAGGCUCUCGCCGAGUCACGUUCGGAAAGGAUUAAGGUCCUUGAAUCCGAGGUUACUAGGCUCAAGACUCGUUUGGCCGCGGAUGCAUGUGAUGAAGACUUGUUGUCGUUUUUCUCCUCAGACGACGCGGAGAAUGUAACAUAUGUAUCUGAUCUCAAAAGCAAGCUCGCGGCUGCAGAGUCUCGAUUGAAAGCCCUCGAGAUCAGUAUAUCCACCAUGCAGGCGGAACAUCCAGAUGUUGCUGAACGUAUCAAGGCUGAAGCUGAGGCACGGGAGCUACUGGUCAAUGCGCAGAUACAGUUGGAAAGAUAUCAGGCUGUGUAUGGCAGCGGGUCUUCCGCCCUCCCGCCUGAUACUCAAAAAUUGACGGAAGAACUGCAGCGGAAAGAAGAUGAGAACCGUCGAUUACGGUUGCAAGAGAAGCAGCGUGAACAGGCUGAGGUUGCGUUGUAUGCCGAGUUGGAUAAACUUUCUGCGGCAUGGGAGUCGCUGGACACUCAAGUGAAGAGCAAGGUGUUCGAAUUGAGCAAUAUGGAGGAGCGACUCGCAAAGAGCGGCGUUGAGAGAGCCAAAUCCGAGAAUAAAUUCUAUUCUGCAAUGCGCGACAAAGAAGCUCUUGAGGGAGAGCGCAAGAACUUGUCGAGGAAUUUAGAGAAGCAGACCAAAGUGAUUGAGAAGCUCUCCGAUUCUGAAAAGAAUUUGGUGGCUCGGGUAACCUCUUUAGAAAGGGAGACGGCAUUGUGGCGAAAGGUAAAAGACGGAAUGAAAUCAUGUGUUGAGAAGUUGGAGACGAGCAACACAGAGUGGAGGAUGCGCGCUGAAGGCGAACGCAAACGGAUCGAGGAGAUGCGCAAGGAGUCGCGCGAGCAGUCCAAGGGUCUUGACCUUCGCCGUGCGGAGGUGAUGUGCAUGGAGGACGAGGUAGUACGGGCAAAGAGAGACAUCGAGCGACAGGCUGCGAAAAUUAAAUCGACGUCGCAAAAUGUCAGCUCCAACUCUACCACUCGAGAAGCGCAGCUUCAGAGCGAGGUGGACAAGUGCAUGAGUAUCCUGAAGUGCUCUACUUGCAAAAUGAACAUGCGCAAUACUGUCAUCACGAAAUGCAUGCAUUCAUUCUGCAAGUCGUGUGUGGAUUCACGAAUAUCUACUCGACAACGGAAGUGUCCAGCCUGCAAUCUCCCCUUCUCGCAGGGGGAAGUUCAACAGCUGUAUUUCCAAUAG